GAUUUAUUACAUAGUACGUAUGUCAGUAAACAUGCUUAAGUGCAUAUAUGGAUAUGUAUAUAGGCAGAUAGGCACUCAAUUGAUUGACAUUCCCCGGUUAUUGUCAUUGCAUUGAGACGCUUAAAGGAAAGGAAGGAUUCAGAUUUGACUUUUGCUUCACAUUUGUUGAGAAGUACAACAGACAAGAUAAUCGGGAGCAUUUUCUAAUAAACGACCCAAUUCCAAGCCGAUAACAUGCGAAGCUUUCUCUUUUCCCUGUCCCUCGUGGCAUCCAUCACCUUCGGCGCCCUAGCCUCGAACCCUUCCGAGCUCAAGAUUGACGUGACUCUACCGGUGGAAUGCGAUCGAAAGACGCUGAAGGGCGACACUAUCCAGGUGCACUACCUGGGUACGCUUGCUUCCAAUGGAAAGAAGUUCGAUGCCAGUUACGAUCGAGGCACUCCCUUCAGUUUCACUCUAGGUGGCGGCCAAGUCAUUAAGGGAUGGGACCAAGGUCUUUUGGACAUGUGUAUUGGCGAAAAAAGAACUUUGACCGUUCCACCCGAGUUCGGAUACGGGAAUAGGGCCGUCGGACCAAUCCCAGCGGGAUCUACGCUUGUUUUUGAAACGGAGCUUAUGGGGAUUAGAGGUGUCCCUAACCCUGAAUCUAUCGUCACUAAGGCGAGUAGCAGUGCGAGCUCAGCUGCCAGCUCAGCCUCUGAGACGGCUUCGUCCAAGGUGGUGGAAAGGGUUGCGAGCAAGAUUGAGGAGGCCGCCGAGGCCGUUAAGACCGUGAUCGCCGAUACUGAUGAUACUCAGGAGCACAAUGAGCUAUGAGCCAUACAAGGCAUGUUGUUGUCCUAUCAGGCAAUGCCGAUAUGGGACAGGAAGCUAGCAAAGCACGACUGCUUCCGAACCUAGCAUACCUAAUUAUUCUUCUAAGUCGGGUGUCACGUAUAGGUUAAGUAUCUAGGUAGACUUGAGGCUCUAUCUACGAACAGGAUGCUUAAGCCUCAGAUCCCACCUACCUACCUGGGUACCUGGGUAGUUAGGCUCUAACAUGCUGGCAAAGAAAAUGCUGAAUAAUUUGCCCCAUAACUCAAUUGCCGGUUUUCUGCAGGUUUAGUGGAUGAAGCGGUGUAUCCUUGGUAUGUGGUUACCACUAUGGCUUGUGGCGGGUGGUUGGAGAUAAUUCGGGUUAAAGUAGACUUUAUUAUACUAUACAUGAUUAUCCUGAUUAGUGUAGACAUGUUGCGUGGACACUGACUAUCCACCUAGAAGGUACGCUACACCGCAAGUUCUACCGUCCGAGAUGGAGUCUACGUACAUCGAGAGAAGUGCGAGCUGCACUGUGAGGGGUACAUUAGAACAUUUUUUGACUUCCAGUCAAACUCUUAAAACUUAGAACAAUACAACAUUCCUAUCCUCCUUAA